CGUGUGCAUUCGUGUAUGACAGAUUAUUAAAUUUCUUGCAACACAGUCCCUUUAAUGAUCUCAUUGUAUCAAGUUUCUAUCGAGACGGUCGAUGAUAACACAAACACAAGCGUGUUCGCCAAUAAUUGCUUUCUUUACAUUACUCCAACGGGUGAAAAAUCAUCCUGAUACGUGAUUAGGGCACGUCUGAUAGGGAGAUAGCAGAUCCUGUCGCUAUCUCGGGUUUUAGCUACGCUAAAUGGUGAAAAUGACACCGUUUGAUGAGGGGAGGAUUAGACAGGGAAUAUCUAAGUAUCAAAAUCCAGAUAUAACAAAGGCGCAUGUAAUAAGUGUCUUGAAUACUUAUCAAGGCUUGGUGUAUAAAAUCGAACCUUUUGUUUUCAAUGAUGGCUCACGUAAGGAACUACUCAACUUACAAGGAACUAUACCAGUUGUUUUUAAAGGCUCUUAUUAUAAUAUUCCAAUCUGCAUAUGGUUGAUGGAUACUCAUCCCAAUAAUGCACCCAUGUGCUACGUUAAACCAACAGCAGAUAUGCAUAUUAAAGUCAGUAUGUUUGUGGAUCACAACGGUAAAAUCUAUUUGCCAUAUCUUCAUGACUGGGUGCCUCAUAAUUCAGAUUUGCUUGCUUUAAUUCAAGUUAUGAUUGUUACCUUUGGGGAACAGCCUCCAGUUUAUACAAAGACUAGAUCAGAAAUGCAACAGAGUUCGACGCCAUAUCCUGUUCAAUCAUUCAUGCCUAUACCUGGUGGUGGAAACGUAUCAAGUUCUGGCUUUCCUCCAUAUCCACCAACUUCUCAAUACUCCAGUGGUAAUAAUGUGUAUCCACCGUAUCCCCAAACAGCGUCUGGAGGAUUUCCGUAUCCAAGCUCAUAUGGUUCCUAUGCAGGAACCACGCCCAGUUAUCCAUCACAAGGUUACAGUGGUUCAUAUCCACCAUAUCCACCAGUCACGCAGCCGUCGCCGACAGUACAACCAAAUUCCAGUGGAUCUGGCACGAUCACAGAAGAGCAUAUAAGAGCAUCCUUGCUGUCCGCGGUAGAGGAUAAACUUCGACGUCGACUCAAAGAACAGUUCUCACAGUUACAGGCCGAGCUUGAGACGCUGCGACGAACGCAGCAAGAGCUAACGAGCGGCUCGUCGCACUUAACAAAUCUUUUCGACAAACUCAAAAUAGAGAAACAGGAGCUCGAAAAAAAUGUGAAUAUCUUGCAAGAUAAAGAAGCAGAAUUAGAAAAAGAGAUCGCCAAAUUAUCGGAUAAUCAGUCGAUAGAUGUUGAUGAAGCUGUUACUGCUAUAGCGCCUUUGUAUAAACAAAUGCUGAAUGCUUUUGCCGAAGAGGCAGCCACGGAAGAUGCUAUUUAUUAUCUUGCUGAAGGACUGCGGUCUGGCAUCUUAGAUUUAGAUGCAUUCUUGAAACAAGUUCGGCAACUAUCACGUAGGCAAUUUAUGUUGAGAGCACUAAUGCAGAGAUGUCGACAAAAAGCCGGCUUAGUCGGUUAAAAAAAUAUUCCUCAUGCACUUCAUUCUAGAGAGCUGCAAUAUUCCAUUAUGUUCUAAAAUAUGUCAUUGUGCUUAAAGACACAUCAGAAUGGACUACGAGAUCUGUGUAUCAAUAAAAGAGAGAAACUGGAAGACGGCCAAUUUCUAUCUUUCCAUUCAACAUUGUAAUUGGAGGAAGAAUUAAAGGAAGAUUGGCCAUUUUCCAUGAUCUCUCUCUCUCUCUCUCUCUCUCUCUCUCUCUCUCUCUCUCAUUAUCAUCUCGUCUUAUUUGCUCGAGUACUACUUAGAUAUAGAUUGCACAGUCCAUUUUUUAUGUCUUUGAUUGCGCUAUAUAGUAAAAAUAGAAUACGUAUAAUUUAUAUUAGUAUCAAAAAGCACAGAGGAUUAUUUUAUCGACAAUA